AUGGAUAAGGACACUGGUGAACUUCGAAUCAAUGGGGGAAUCGACUUUGAGAAAACUGAUAUUUUUAAGUUGGAAGUCCAUGCCACGGACAAAGGACAACCUCCGAUGAGUGCGGAUUGCACAGUAAUCAUCAAUGUCUUGGACGUAAAUGAUAAUAAACCCGAGAUAGAGGUGACAUCUUUGUCAAAAAUGGUAUCAGAAGACUCCAAGCCCGGGACUGUGGUGGCUUUGAUCAGUAUUACAGACCAAGACGCGGGUUUAAACGAUAAUGGGCAAAUCAUCGCGCUGAAAAGUUUUGACUUUGAAACACUGAAAACUUUCCAGUUCCAAGUUGCUGCCUCAGAUUCGGGAAUUCCGUCACUAAGCAACAACGUCACAGUCAACGUCUUUAUCCUGGAUCAGAAUGACAACGCUCCAGUCAUCCUGUAUCCACUCAGCUCCAAUGGUUCUGCUCAAGGUGUGGAGGAGAUUCCCCGAAACGUCAACGCAGGACACUUGGUGACUAAAGUCAGAGCCUAUGACGCUGAUAUAGGAUAUAACGGCUGGUUGCUCUUUUCACUGCAGGAAGUGACUGACCACAGUCUCUUUGCUUUGGACCGCUAUACAGGACAGAUCAGAACACUUCGCUCGUUCACAGAGACUGACGAGGCUGAGCAUAAACUGCUCAUACUAGUCAAAGACAACGGCAACGUUUCUCUCUCAGCAACAGCUACUGUGAUAGUCAAACUUGUGGAGCCCAAAGAGGCUUUUGCAGCUUCUGAUGUUAAAAGUGCAGCAAAAGAUGAUGAGGACAGAGACGUCCUUCUGAAGAGCCUAGAUAAGGACACUGGUGAAAUUCGAGUGAAAGGCGGAAUUGACUUUGAGAAAAUGGAGGUAUACAAGUUGGACGUCCACGCCACUGACAAAGGACAACCUCCGAUGAGCACUAACUGCAGGGUGAUCAUCAAGGUGCUGGACUUCCAAGUUGCUGCCUCAGAUUCGGGAAUUCCGUCACUAAGCAACAACGUCACAGUCAACGUCUUCAUCCUGGAUCAGAACGACAACGCUCCAGUCAUCCUGUAUCCACUCAACUCCAACGGUUCUGCUCAAGGUGUGGAGGAGAUUCCCCGAAACGUCAACGCAGGACACUUGGUGACUAAAGUCAGAGCCUAUGACGCUGAUAUAGGAUAUAACGGCUGGUUGCUCUUUUCACUGCAGGAAGUGACUGACCACAGUCUCUUUGCUUUGGACCGCUAUACAGGACAGAUCAGAACACUUCGCUCAUUCACAGAGACUGAUGAGGCUGAGCAUAAACUGCUCGUACUAGUCAAAGACAACGGCAACGUUUCUCUCUCAGCAACAGCUACUGUGAUUGUCAAACUUGUGGAGCCCAAAGAGGCUUUUGCAGCUUCUGAUGUUAAAAGUGCAGCAAAAGAUGAUGAAGAAAAUUCUGGAACUCCGUCAUUAAGCAACAACGUCACAGUCAACGUCUUCAUCCUGGAUCAGAACGACAACGCUCCAGUCAUCCUGUAUCCACUCAGCUCCAAUGGUUCUGCUCAAGGUGUGGAGGAGAUUCCCCGAAACGUCAACGCAGGACACUUGGUGACUAAAGUCAGAGCCUAUGACGCUGAUAUAGGAUAUAACGGCUGGUUGCUCUUUUCACUGCAGGAAGUGACUGACCACAGUCUCUUUGCUUUGGAUCGCUAUACAGGACAGAUCAGAACACUUCGCUCAUUCACAGAGACUGACGAGGCUGAGCAUAAACUGGUAAUACUGGUCAAAGACAACGGCAACGUUUCUCUCUCAGCAACAGCUACUGUGAUUGUCAAACUUGUGGAGCCCAAAGAGGCUUUUGCAGCUUCUGAUGUUAAAAGUGCAGCAAAAGAUGAUGAGGACAGUAAUGUCAUAUUUUACCUCAUGAUAACUUUGGGCGCAGUUUCUGUACUUUUUCUCGUCAGCAUCAUCGUGCUGAUUGCAAUGCAGUGCUCCAAAUCCACAGACUAUACUUCUAAGUAUUUACAAGAAGCAAAUUAUGAUGGGACACUGUGUCACAGCAUCCAGUACAGAUCUGGAGACAGGAAGUACAUGUUAGUUGGACCCAGGAUGAGUAUAGGAUCUACUAUAGUACCAGGAAGCCAUAAAAAUACUCUGGUGAUGCCAGACAGAAGACGGUCAUCUGAAGAGAUAAUGGAAGUGCUGGCACGUGGUAUUGGCGAGGCAUCUUAA